CAACCUCGGUGGUUUGUUUUAGACAAUGGGAUAUUGUCGUACUAUGAUUCACAGGAUGAUGUUUGCAAAGGCAGCAAAGGAAGUAUAAAGAUGGCUGUGUGUGAAAUAAAAGUUCAUGCAACAGACAACACAAGAAUGGAGCUGAUCAUCCCAGGGGAACAGCAUUUCUAUAUGAAAGCAGUUAAUGCAGCUGAAAGGCAGAGGUGGCUGGUAGCACUGGGGAGUGCAAAAGCCUGUUUAGCAGAUACCAGAACAAAAAAAGAAAAAGAAAUAAGUGAGACCAAUGAAUCUCUUAAAACCAAAAUGUCUGAACUUCGUCUCUACUGUGAUCUUCUAAUGCAGCAAGUUCAUACAAUACAAGAAUUUGUUCAUCAUGAUGAGACUCGCUCUCCUCCCAGCAUUGAGAACAUGAAUGAAGCCUCUUCCUUGCUUAGUGCCACAUGUAAUACAUUUAUCACAACUCUUGAAGAAUGUGUGAAGAUUGCUAAUGCCAAGUUUAAGCCAGAGAUGUUCCAGCUGCAUCACCCUGAUCCCUUAAUUUCUCCUGUGUCACCAUCACCUGUCCAAAUGAUGAAGCGUUCCAUUAGCCACCCUGGCUAUUCAGAAAGGAAUAAUCACCCUGCAAAAGAACCAAUUUCAUCCCUUCACCGAUUUUCACAGCGGCGCAGAAGAACAUACUCGGAUACAGAAUCUUACAGUGAUACUCCCUUUGAAGAUUCUCAGAGAUCUGCUCACUGUUCUAGAAGUGCUGUCAAUGGAGAUCUGGUAUCAUCAACCAUUCCUGAAGAAAACAGAUCAGUAUCAAAGGAAGGAUCUGAACUGGAAGAGACUGUUUCAUCCUUUUCUUCCUGCAGAAACUGAAAGUAUUAAAUUUUCUAUAAAUAAUGCUAUGCAAAAGCUGCUGUAAUUAUACUGUUGUUAUAGGAAGUAGGAAUUUCCCUUUUUAGAAGGAUUUCUCUGCACUUUAUAGAAUAACAUAAAAACUAUCUUUGAAGUGUAUUUUAUCUUUAUAUAGUUUAUUUGCAAGAGUAUUUUCCUAAUAUUUCACAGUUUGAAUGUGCAUUUUUUGGAAAAAAUGAUGGCUUAACAGAUAAGAAUCCACAUUUGUAAAUGUAGCUCUUUUUAAAAAGUGUGAAGGUCUGACUGAUACAUUAGUAGACCUGCAGGUUAUAAACUUCAGCAAAAAGAUUUAAUUUU